GUCCUCCAGCCACGGCGACCUGGGCUGUUGUGAAGAGUCGGAUUCGCAGGCGGUUGCUACGGAGACUCCUUUGGGGGAAACCACCCGGCUCCAUGUCUCACCAGGAGGCAAAACCUUCAAGUGUGGUCUUAGAGGAUAAGAAGGAAGGGAAGGUUAUCGAAGUCAAAGUCAUCGCACAAGACGGAAACGAGAUCCACUUCAAGAUGAAAAUGACCACGCAACUCAGGAAACUCAAGGAAUCCUACUGUCAAAGGCAGGGCGUCCCAUCGAACUCGCUGAAGUUUCUCUUCGAAGGCCAGAGGAUCGCCGAUAACCACACUCCUGAAGAGCUGGGGCUGGAGGAGGAAGACAUGAUUGAAGUCUACCAGGAACAAACGGGAGGUCAUUCCACGGUUUAGAUGUUCUUUGUAAAUUUCCUUUUCCCUCAAUGCCCGUUUUAUUAUUAUUAUUAUUAUUUUUAAAUAGUUCUUUUGUAAUGUGGUAUUCGGAGUGAACAUUGAAGACUGUCACACCAUCUCUUUAGAACAUCUGGCGAUCUGAAUUCUAGUGAUCGGUAUUCAUUAUUGGUUGUUUUUAUGUUGCUGAUUUUGGUGACC